GAGGGCGGGGGAGAGAAGGGGGAAGAUAUGUUGCACUCAGCUGACCAAGCCAGCUCCAACGUCACAAGUAAAUGAGACAAAAACAAGGGAACUGCCUCGCUGCUGUACGCACACUGCUGCCGCUUUUGUGUUCUCCACAAUCUCGCUGCCGUCUCCUGACAGCUCGUCCUUUGUUGUAACUAAUAAACGCCAGACUAUUUGGCAACAGCUCUCCUGCCGUUGCUCUGCCCAUCCGCCAGUUCCUCUGGUUAUAAACUGAUCCGGUCCUUUUGAUGAAGUAACUGCUGGAAAUCCGCGUCGCAUCUGGCUGGUUGAUCCGUAUCGCACGAGAGACAGAGAGAGAUAGAGACAGACAGAGACAGGGACAGACAGAGACAGAGGGAGAGAGUGGGGACACUCUUUGUGCGUGGAGCGUUUCAGUUGCUGGACAGCUCCCGCUCCCAGCUCUGCUGCCCGGCAGUGUGUGUGUGUGUGUGUGAGUGUCUGUGGAUGCUCGCUUGGCUUUGAGCGUGUUGAAGACGGAGCGCCGCACACCAGCUCCAGUCUCUGCCUCCCCGCUGCCUGUCCAUCCACCCCGCCCGCCGCCUGCCUCUUCAGUCUUCACCAUGAUCAGCGUGCAGCAGGGCGAGAAGCAGCUCUUCGAAAAGUUCUGGAGGGGGACCUUCAAGGCGGUGGCGACUCCUCGGCCAGAAAGCAUCAUCGUGGCCAGCAUCAGAGCCCGGCGGAGCCUGAACAAUGGUGCAUCAAACUACCAGGCGCACAGGAGCAAUGAAAGGAGCACUAGUGCAAUGUCGCAAGCCGCAAGUGCAAACGGAUGCAGCAAGGUCAAGGACAGCAAGCAGCAAAAUCACCACCGACAGCACAGAUCUUGUUCAGGUCAUUCUCCUCCCCCUGCGUCAAAAAGGAAGAAAAAGAAGAAGAAAUCUGAGCACAAGCGAAGACGGUCCCCUUCUUGCAGUCCUGCCCCAGUGAGAAAAAAGAAAAAGAAAAGUUCCAAGAAGCACAAAAGAAACAGGUCAGCAGCAGCGUCCGCAAAGAAACGACGCCACAGCUCCAAAAGUCCAAAGAGAAAGAGAAAUCAUGAGAAAAGGCAUCGGAAACGGUCUCGGGCUGUACCAACUUCUCACAAAGGCCACCGAUGCAGACGUCCCACGUCACAUGUUUCAGCCGCCAGGACCUCCAGCUGCUCCAGCAGUAAUGAAGGCCGAUCAAAGGCAGCACGAUGCCCCCGAGGCAGGUCGAGAAGCAGCAACCAUGGAGAUUAUUCAAAGAGCAACCCAGGACAGAGGGCUCCGGGCACCAGCCACUCCCUCUCUGGCAAGUCACCAUGUAAAAGUCCUCAGAAUAAAAACAGCAGACCGACUAGCAAAAUAAUAUACAAGUCAGAGUCUUCUGGCCGCAAGCUUGUGAAGGAAGAAUACAGCAAACCUGAUAAUGUGCCCAGCCAGAAUGGAACUUAUCACGAUUAUGACUCGGGCAACGAUACAGCUUCGUCCCCGUCAACCAAACCUCCCUCGUCCAGAUCGCAAACUGAGGGAGAGAAAGGACAGAUCCUCAACCACCGUGCAGAGUUAGGCAGCCAGACACCGUCUCCAGGCAAACUAAAGCUCGGCGACACAGAGCCUGGAUCAGAUUCGGGCAACUCUGUGACGAGCUGCUCCUCUCCCUGCAAAGUCGUGGCCUCGUCUCCAACCACAUCUCCAGCCUACCAGCUGGACAAAGGGGCCAGGAGGGAAUUAUCUGCCUUGCACGGUUGGCCGACAACAUCGGAGAGAAAGACAAGUCCUUCCCCUUCACCUGCCAGGAAUUCUCCCAGGAGACAUCGUUCAAGGAGUGACUCUCAGAGCAGCAGAGAGCGGGAAAGAAGCUCCCACAGCUACAGCUGCUCUUCCCGCUCACGUUCACCUGAGUACAAGUCAAGCAUGAAAUAUUCAAGAAGCAGAUCACACUCCUCAGGGAAAAGGUCAUCUUCACGCUCUCUGAGCUAUUCACCAAGAUCUAGGAGAAGUCCAGGAAGCAGAAGCUCCCGAUCACGUCGUAGCCCAAGCUAUUCAAGAUACAGCCCAGAGAGGGACCAUGACAGAGGUCGGGAUGGUAAGAAAUACGGAUCACGGGAGAGGGAGUCGAGGAGACGCCGCUCUCGCUCCUACUCCCCAAUGAGGAAGCGCAGACGAGACUCUCCAAGUCAUCUGGAACCUCGCCGCAUUACCAGUGCUCGAAAGCGGCCAAUCCCUUACUACAGACCCAGCCCUUCAUCCUCCAGCAGUGUGAGCAGCUACUCCUCCAGGUACAGCAGCCACAGCAGCCGCAGCCACAGCCGCAGCUGGAGCCGCACCCGCAGCCGCACCACCAGCCGCAGCCGCAGUUACUCCAGCAGGAGCCGCAGUCGCAGCCGCAGCCGCAACAGGAGCCGCAGCCGCAGCCGCAGCUCGGACAGAGGGAGCAGUGGCCGCAGCAGGAGCAAGAGUUACGAUUCAGACGGCAGCUACGAGAGUCUGAGGCGUUGAGCUGCGCCUCCCCAUUACUGAACCCCCUCUCUCCCUCUCCCUCUUCGCCCUCCCACUCCCCCACUCCCCUCUCCUCCUCCCUCUCCUUCUCCCUCUCCUUCCCCCCCUUCCUGCUUCCCAGCCCACCAGGUGCAGAAUGACCUAGAUGUUAUUCUGGUCUCACAAUGUUUAACGGACACAUGGGAUCUGGCGUGUGUAUGUGUGGCAGAGCGCAGUAGACAGAGAGGCAGACAGACUCCAAUUUCGCCAAGAUCAUCUCUCGCUUUAAAGAUGAAAUGUAAUCUUCAAAUGCUUUAUGUUUUGAAAUGUCAGCCCACACCAAGCCUGGACCAGAAACACCAGUCUUUUUAAUUAGCAUCAUCUAAUUGUCACAUAGGGACAUUUGGAGGUUGUGUACCCUCAGGCCACGCCACAAAGACUGGGUGGCAGUCAACACACACAGCAGCAGCUCUGACUGGAAGCUGUGAAACACAGCAGGUGCACUGUGGCUAUUUUCAGAGGGCAUUUAGACUUGAGCUCAGAAAUAUGAUGAAUCAGAUUAUGUGGGAGCACAGCUGACAAUCCCCCUCCCCCACAGCCAUACCAUGUGCACUCACUACACAGAUUCAGUCGACACACUGAACCAAAGUCAACAGUGAGCUCAACGCUCGGAGGUGUAGUGUACAUUCGGGCAUGUGUCAGGCUUCACAUCAGUCUGAAGAAAGGUCUCGACCCGAAACGUCACCCAUUCCUUCUCUCCAGAGAUGCCGAGCUACUCCAGCAUUUUGUGCCUACCUUGUUUAUCCUAGAAUCCUGCUGACUUCCCCUGCCCCAAGCAGAAAACAGCCUUCAUCGUAAAUUAAGAGAUACAGUUUUAAAUGCAAAUAAUAGGAGCUGAUGUAAGUCCCUCUGACACACAAUACCCGUGGAUGCCAGCCUGGUCUGCUGAACUUGUUUAAUAAUGUUUCCUGGCUACUGCCAGAUGUUGGUAAGCUAAUCCGGCCAACUUGUUGAAAGAAAAUCAAUCAUAGCAAAUCAAUCAAGACCCCCAGUCGUCCUGAGAUGGAUAAUCACGAGGCAGAAAGCAGUCCUCAGAUACCCUUUGUUGUCAGCCGGGGAUAAAAUGAAAACAUCGGCUUUCUCUCGGUUGUUUUCACCAGAGACUUGGAAACGAACAUCCUCUCUAGAAAACUGCCGAGACACAAGAAACUGCGGAUGCUGGGUUAUCGCCCAGUACAUUGUUUAUCAAUUAUUGAACAAUUUACAUUGACAGGCCAAAGCCAUUGUCUGUGGUCUGAAGAAGGGUCUCGACCUGAAACGUCACCCAUUCCUUCUCUCCAGAGAUGCUGCCUGUCCCACUGAGUUACUCCAGCAGUUUGCGUCUAUCCAUUUUCUGCGGUACAGGGUACCAGGAAAAUUCUCAAACAAUGGGCAGGAAGACGCAAUAAAACUAACACAGAGGGUGGAGCAGAAAAACAAAUUGCCACAGUAACUUUGCAGCUCAGUAGAGGCAAAGGGAUGCCUGGUGUUGCAGUCAAGGCCCUUCAUCAGGACUCGCUGAAGGGCUCCUUGCUCUUUCAGAUGCUGUUUGAUCUGCUGAGUUCCUCCAGCAGUUUAUCUUUUGCUACAGAUUUCAUACAACACCUGCAGUCUCUUGUGUCUCUAGUGUCAAGGUUGGCUUCUGACACCUGCCUUCCCAAGACGGCAGGGCAGGUGUGGAAGAGUUUCCUCACUAUUAGGAUCUGGAGAAAGAGUGAAAGAUGGGCUUUGGGUUUUGUCAACUGUAAGGAAUCUGGUCAACAUGCAAUGAAAACGGAAUGAGUUUGAUCUGACAUCUGCAGCUUUGAUGAAGAAAAUAAUCUUACUUCAUCUUUAUCGCAUAUAUAGGUGUACAGCAAGCAAAAUAGCACAAAGUUCAACUCCAAAGCUGGCUGGGUUUAGAGCAGCAGCCGCUGAGCUCCAGCCUCCAAGGACAAAAUCUUGCUCUAGUUGUCCUGAGAAAAUCAGAUGAGUCCUGACACUGUUGAUCAGGCAGCGUUCGUUGUUCAGAGAGCAGGGGCCGCAGCCAGCUGCUGCAGUAACACACUGAAAAGAAACUGCUCCUGCAGAGUGAGAUUGUUUUUUUUUAAGGAUUCAUGAUCUGAAUCUUUCUUGGGGCAGAGUGGAGGCAUGCAAAUCUCUCCAUGAACUGGGAGUCUUAGGUGCUCAUUCUAUGGGCCUGGACUGCUUAGGUUAUUAGCACAGCAUUCCUCAACCCUAAGGGCCUAAUUGCUGAAAAGAACAACAGUGGCAAGAUGCCAUUGAAUGAAAAUAAGCUUAUCCUGCAGACCAUUAUAUAAGAGUAGCCCAGGUGACUUGUAGUAAGUUAUUGAUAGAGUUAUACAUUUGUUCCUUAAUUUGCACUCCAAUGAUAUUUAUUUCAAUUGUUUCACAUUUAAGUAAGGAAUAUACCAAAUUCUUGUGCUAACUCCUGAUCAAUUGUAUUUUCACUAUGCACUGUAAAUAUAUUGAUAAAGAUCAAUGCUGUAACCAUUUAUUUAAUAUUUAUUUGUCCUAUUUAUUGAAUUUAUUUAUAUGUUGCAGGCCACAGAGACUGCGCUUUUGGAACCUCCGUGCAUUGUGUAAUAAACUCUCAAUUGUUUUACUUUUGUAAACCAUCUCACAUGAACUUUUGUGAAACUGUGUUUGUGAAGAAGGGCCUGUAAGCAGACAUUUAAAAAAAUAAAUGAAUCUCAAUUAUAUGAACACCCAAUGAUAAAUUAUAACAGCCAAAAAAAAUGCAUUAGUUAAUGUUGGGUCUUAUCAAUUGUAGCUAGGUUAAACAGUCACAUAUAUCAACAGAUGUGUUUGUAUUCGUUAGAAUGCGUUCAACCCAAAUAGUUUUUUUUGAAUGUCUUAGAACAAAUGAAAUAGGAAGAGCAAGGUUGAACAAGGAACAUAUUUGUUCAAUAAUGCCAGUUGGUAUCUGAUUCUUCGCUCUCCUGUUGCACUGGAGUUGGAGGCUACCCAGAAUAUUCCUGUACCAGCUGUUUUAAUCUUUCUGUGAAAAUAAGAUAUAUUCUCCAUGACAUUAGUCUUCCUAAUGCAUUUAAUUUGUGAGCUUGUAAAACAAAAAUAUUCCAAAUAAAUAAAUAUCCUGACUUAAAUAUGAGGCUUCUGUGUUCUGAUGUUAUCUCGUUGUCAUGCACAUCCCACACCCAUCACGAUUUCUACAUUUGCCAGAACAUGAAUAUUUUUAAGGCGGGGAUCGACAGGUUCUUUAUUAGUAUGGGUGUCAGGGGUUAUGGAGCGAAGGCAGGAGAAUGAGGGUGAGAGGGAAAGAGAGAUAGAAUAGAAUAGAAUAGUUUCUUUAUUGUCAUUGUAACAUGAACCAUGUACAACGAAAUUUAAAAUGUCAGCCAGUCAGUGCAGCAUUCAAACAUUUCUAAAAGCUAACGAUACAUACAAGGUAAAAUAUUAAAAGAUAAACAACUAAAUAAAUAUCACGAACAAAGCACGCAUGCACACCCAACCCUCCAUCCUUCUGUCGAUUUCACAGUGUACCACAGUCCCUUAGUCUGUAUCGCCCCUGCGUUCCUUGGCGGCUACAUUUAGUGCUUUUAUAGCAGUGGGGUAAAAACUGUUUUUUAGUCUAUUUGUCCUUGUCCUUGUAGAUCUGUACCGUCUGCCUGACGGCAACAGAUCAGCCAUGAUUGAACGGCAGAGUAAUCUUGAUGGGCCGAAUGACCUUAUUCUGCUCCUUGAACUUAUAUACUUGGUAUAGCUCAUUUAUCAUCAGAGGUAGCCCAGGUGAGUUGCAGUAAAUGACUGAUGGAGUUUUAUUGGUUAGAGAUGCUUCUGUCAGCUGCAUGAGUCAGCAGUAGCACUCUCAGCUGAGUCAGGGAUUGUUGCUUCCAGUCUCACUACUAAGACCUCACCAGGCUGACACAGUCGCAGUAGUGAGGGUGUCAUCUUUCAACUGCAAUGUUAAACCAAUAUCUCUGCUAACCCAACACGACACAGUGGGGCGGCACAGCGGUAAAGGUGCU